UAGAUGGAGCAUGGGGCGUGUAGUUUCACUUUCUUUUCGCCUACAUCUCCCAGCGUCUCCCAGCGUCUACUCGAUUCCUUUUAUUUUCUCAAUUGUAUCCUAAUGCCUUCAGAAAUCUACACAUUUGCUUGCUUUACUCGUUGCUGAUCACUUGGAAUAAAAUAUUGCAGCUUUGAACGCGUUUGUUGGAGGAAGCAAGUGUCGGCGGAGCCUCGCCUGAGCUGUCCAACUUUCCUUUGCACUCAUUUAAAAGCGAAUAAAUACAGUCCCUCUCCAUCAGAGAGAGAGGGAAGUGCAGGGAUGGUAAGGGAACCCUGUUUUCAGAUAUAGUGUGAUUGUAUCGUUUGGAGCGCUUCAUCAUGGAGCUCCGGGCGGCAUCGGCGGACGCGCAGCAGCAGCUGGCCGGUGACAGGACGCACGAAAGCCGCAUGGACGAGUACCUGCGCUCGCAGGGCUUUUACCGCAAAAAGAUCGCCAAGGAUGGGUCAUGUCUGUUCAGGGCCGUGGCGGAACAGGUGUUGCACUGUCAAGGUUUACACACAGAAGUGCGAGCGGCCUGUGUGAAUUAUCUGAAACAGAACCGAUCCACCUAUGAGUUGUUCAUUGAAGGCGAUUUUGAGAAAUACCUGGAGAAUUUACAGGAUCCGCAGAGCUGGGUUGGACAGGUGGAGAUCACAGCUUUGGCUGACCUCUAUAAGCAUGAUUUCAUUAUUUUCCAGGAGCCUGAUGAGCCCCCUGUUAACAUAACAGAGAAUGGCUUCCCUAAAAAGGUGCGACUGUGCUUCCUUAAUGGAAACCAUUAUGACAGUGUUUACCCACAAUCUUUUGAGAAAAGUGCUGCUGUGUGUCAAUCGAUCUUGUAUGAGCUGCUGUAUGAUCGAGUGUGUGGCGUCGAACGCAGUGUUUUAGGUUCAUGCAUGAAAGGAGGGAAAGGACGUGAUAAACUGGAUUCGGAGGAAUGCAAGAGCAGUGAAGAGUCUGACCUGGAGGAAGAUGAGUUCUGGUCCCGUGAAGCGAGAGAAAAGCCAGCCAAUGGGAUGAACUUCAGACAGCCGCAGAGGGGUCGUGGGAGGGGCCAGUCUCGAGGAAGGGGGCGUGGCCUUCUGUCCACUAAGGUGCAGAAGUCCCUAAACCCCGCCCUCUACAGGAACGUGGAGUAUGACGUGUGGCUCCGUUCUAAACGACUUCAGCAGCAGCGGGAUUUCUGCAUUGCCGCAGGAAUGCAGUAUUCUGUCGGAGAUAAGUGCAGGGUGCAGCUGAAUAAUCGCUUCUAUAAUGCUUACGUUAAGGAAGUCAGUCCUGAUAAUGGGCCAGUCACUGUGUUUAUUGGAGAACUCAACAAACAAGAAACUGUGCCAUUGUUGAGUUUGCGUCUUCCAUCUGAAGAAACUCAGUCAUGGCAGACGGUGUCAGAAAAGCCUAAAAGACAUGCUGCGCCAAACAGCAGCACACAGACGUCUUCUGAAUGGGAGAGCAGAGGAAGUCGGAGAUCAAACAAAAUGCCGUCUCAAUCGGCACCCGGUGCUCGGGUGCAUAAGCAACACUCCUGGCCUCCUCAGGCCACCCCAGAUGACACAAGAAACAAGUUCAGGAGGUCCGAUCAGCGCAGCAGUCCUGUGGCUGUGUUUCCGGAGGAGGAAGAGGAGAGUGCCAUUUUGGAGCUUCUGCACAAAGAUGAGCACAACUUCCCCUCACUAGGAACAAGCCCCCAAACGGCCACUCCUACUGAAGUCAUAAAGAAAGGAGGGGAAAAAAGAGGCUCACGGAAAAAGGAUCAAAAGGAGCAAGUCUCAGAGACGGAAACACCCCAGAGGCCUGUACAGAGACAGAAGAGUGCCACUGAAGAAAAACAUGGGGUAAAGGUUUCUGAGGAACCAGGGCAGAAACCUUCAACAAUAAAAGAGAAAGUACAGGAGAAACCAACCCCUGCCUCUCCUUCUCCACCUCCUGCUGUUAUCAUCUCAUCUGACCCCAAAACAGCCCCACCUUUAUCUCGGUCUGAAUCUGCUAAAGCCCCUGGUCCUACUCAGUCAGCUCCUGUGGCAAUUAAAAAGACCCCUAUCCCACCCAAGACUAGCUAUGCUCGAAGCCCUGACAACAGUCAGUUUGCCCCAGUGUCCACUUCAGCCCCUUCACAAUCCAUCUCUGUAGCAGGAGCCGUCUCUGGUACCACCCCUGCUACUAUUCAAUCUACACCUGCACCAAAACCUCCCUCAACACAAGCUGCCCCAGUACCUACCGUAGUGCUUCCCACACCUGAUCUUAAUUCCCAGUCCACUCAAACACUAUCUCAAAUUAGCUCGGUUGCAUCUCAGAUCACCCCUGUUCAAGUACCAGCUGCUCUCUCAACUCAAACUACUCUGGCGCCUUCUGACUUAGUCCUGUGUGCCUCUGUUGAGCCAACCCCAUUCAUUCAAACUGCCCCGCCUGCUUGUAUACCAGCCUCUGCAAUACCGGUUUCUGCCCCAGCUCAGGUUUGCACCCCAGCUCAGGUUCCUGCCACAGAUCAGUCUUCCACUACGCUUCCCACUGAUGGAAGCAGUGGUCCACCAACUGCUCAAAAGACUGUAGACCCUCACACUACUGUGGCACCAGUCCCUCUUCCUCAUGUCCCUCCUACCUCCACUUCUCCUUCCUCUGGUCCUCCCCAUGCUCCACCUCCAGACUUGCCUCCAUCCUCUCUCAACCCAUCAGUUCCACAACCCUGUGAAACAGCUAUGCCUGCCUCUGGUGUAGCACCUGCUCCUGAACCCCCAUCCCAACCCCAGCAGCUCCCCUAUCCUCAUGUCCAAUGGUCUCAGCUCCUUCAAGACCCAGUUUAUCCAGGAUUCCCCAAGAAUGAAAAGGGAGAGGUGGAACCAGUGCCCCCCUAUUCUAUCUCCCAAAAAGGAGAAGACCUACCACAAGAUAUGAAUGUACUCAGGUUCUUCUUCAACCUCGGUGUCAAGGCAUACUCUCAGCCGAUGUUUCCUCCCAUCAUGUAUCUGGGUGCGCUAAACCAAGCCUAUCAGAUGCACGUUAGAGGGCCUCCUCCUUCCUCGGACUCUCCUGCUAACCCCACCGUGACUUCAUGGCAACCAGAAAACCCUUCUCCUCCUCAGAAUUUGAGCUCUGUCCCUGAUACCUCAUUGGAAAGCCAUGCUCCCGUUGCACCUGUAGCAUCUGUUAGCGGGCCUGUUGGUCCCAUAGAGCUGGGAGGGUACAAUGAUCAUCCUGUAUCCAUUCCGAUGCCGAUACCACCGCCACCAAGGCCACCAAUGCCCUGGCCAGCUUCUUCUGGCCCAAGUACCUAUCCUGGGUCGUACCCAGCUGCCCCUCCAGUGCAGUUUUCAGCACCACCCUAUCCACCCCCUGGGAAUCAGAUGUAUCCACCAUCAUAUCAUCGUAUGCCACUUCAAAUGCCACUUGAAGCCUUAAACCAUGGACCUCAUGGUCGGAUAGAUGUUAUGCAGUUUGUUCCUCCAACAGUGGACAGGGGACAAGGGAAUGGACAGAGGUCUGUAAACCCCCAGUUUGGGUCCUUGCAGAAGAGCUUUCACGGAGGCCAACCUCAUUUGAGUGGUGGUGAUUUCAAGCCUGUAGAUAUUCCUGUUUCGGUGGCCACGAUGGAACCUCCACCCUUUGUGCAACCUUUUUCAAUUGGCCCACUGCAAGGAGACAUAGCAGGAUUGAGCCCUUUAACCAACGGGAACUUAGGAAAACAAGGAGUCAUCUUCCCAAAAAGCCUUCAUGCUGGUCCUAUUGCAGAAGACCCUUCUCGCUCCAUUCACCCAUAUUCUCCCAGUGAUAAGUGGUCGGUGGAGGAGAUGGAGUUUCCCAAUUUAGAUCUCAGUGUCACUCAGUCCUUUUACAGCCAGUCCUACAGGGGUGGAGGAAGACGUGGCCAAGAUGACCGAGGAGGAUAUCGAGGCAGGGGCUACCGUGCCCGGAAAGAUUAUUCUGCCCGAGGCAGACAAGAUGAACAGUUGUCCUACAGACAUUAUCCAAGACCAAGGGGCCAAGGGCCAAGAGUAACAACGCAGUUAUCAUAUCAGUGAUGCUGGAUAUACAGCAGUUUUUGGUUUACAAUGAUAUCAAAAUACACAAGUCUGUUGUUUGAGUUUCUGGGUGGCCUUUGGUGUAUAGAAUUGAUUAGUAGUAAAUCUUAUGUUUUUAACAGUUUUCUGGCUUUUUCUCCCUGCACAUUCUUGAUUGAAAGUAAAGCAACUGUUUCACCUGUUUCUAUUUCACUGAACCCUUGUGAAAAUGUAAGUGUGUGUGUUUGCAUUGGUAAUAAAAUCUAAUAAAUAUUUUGUUUUGGUUGCACUGCCCCUACAUGCAUGGCAAAAAGAGAAAAAUAUUUGUUUUAUAUUGCGUUGAAUGUAUGUGCUUCCUGGAGAGUCUUUUAGUGUGGGUAUUUUUUAGACUGGUUCUCAGAGGACUGUCCUAAAAAUCUGAAUUUUCCUGAAAAACCUGUAAACAAUCAAUUUUGUGCUGCAAGAGGAGUGUAAUGGUGCCGUUAAUCUCACCAGACCUAGGAAAGUGCCUUUUUUUUUUGGGUAAUUUGGUUUCUCAUUGCACCAUAAUUGCACACUAUUAUCCUCCUCCAUAGGGUUCUGGGGUGUCUGCUGAAUGAAUGUUGAUGCCAAAUGCCUCUAAUAAAUUGCAUUUCUAAUCCAAAUGUGUGUUUUAUCACCAAACAAACAAAUAAAAGAUUAAGAA